UUCUCAAAAUCAUUUCACUCAAGUAGGCUUAAUUUUUAGAAAGAAAAUCAAAUUAAAUCAGUUUUCUAUUCAACUGUCUAUUGAGAACAACCUAUCAUUUUAUUUAAAUUAAUUUUUCAAUAUAUUUCAUUUCAAAAGCAAAGUGCAAGCGAUGUCUCACACCAUUCUGUUGAUACAUCCAAAGCCAUCGUCCUCGACUCGCACCUACAGUGAAUACGACAGCGUAAAAGAAUGUCUGGAGGCAAUUUGUCAAAUCUACGAAGAGCAUCUGAAGCGACAGAGUCCCAAUGUACCAACGAUAACGUAUGAUAUAUUAAAAUUGUUCGAUUUCAUCGACUCAUUUGUGGAUAUUGCCUGUGUCGUUUAUCAAAGAAGCACUUCAAGCUAUGCGCCUUAUAGCAAAGAAUGGAUCAAGGAUCAAAUCUAUAUUUUGUUUCGCGAAAAAGCAAUGGAUACUGACAAUUAAAGAGUUUUACAAUUUGUUAAUUUUGUGAAUAAAAAUGUUGCAAGUUGUUGGCUAAUUUAUGAGCUCAA